UGUCGGGGCUGUUAUCGGUAGAAACUGGGGUAAAUGUCGGUGUGUUUGCACCCUGCGGGAUUACACAACCGCGAACAGGCACUUUAACGACUCCCGUCGACGGUCAGCGGCCACUUCCUGUCUGACGGUCCGACUCGCCGUUCACGCAAAUGGGAGAAACGGAGGAAAAAAGUCCCGCAGGAGUGAAAUACUUCCGGCUGUCGGAGAUCGAGCAGCAGAACACUUUCAAAUCCACUUGGAUCAUCAUCCACCACAAAGUCUACGAUGUCACCAAGUUCCUGGAGGAGCACCCCGGAGGAGAGGAGGUGCUUAGGGAGCAGGCGGGAGGAGACGCCACCGAGAGCUUCGAGGAUGUCGGUCACUCCAGCGACGCCAGGGAGAUGUCCGUCGCCAUGGUGAUCGGAGAGCUGCACCCGGAUGAUCGACACAAGAUCGCCACACCUCAGGAAACCCCUGUGACCACUCUGAAGGACAACGCCAGUUGGUGGACUAACUGGUUGAUCCCCGUUUUGGCGGCGGCAUUCGUCACACUGAUGUACCGCAUCUGCAUCUCAGAGUGACAUCAUCACACAUGCAGCUGUGAUGUCAUCAGUAGGCCGCUGCACCAGCCAAUGGCAGCGAGGAUGGACCAACCACCAAUUAAACCAGUGGAAUAAAUCAUCUCUUCUACUCUGAUUCCAGUAUGAAGCUACCCAUGAUGCACUUCACCCUGUUAAACCAACCAAUUGGCUCGCAGUAUGCUAAUGAGUCGUUGACACACUGAAUUACCGAUUUUUGUUGAAAUCAUGUAGAAAUGCAAUGGAUGUAUCAUUCUUAUCAUUUUAUUUCUCAGUGAUUUGAAAUGAUUUCCUGAAUAUGCGAUCAGCAGCUAGUCAUGUGACCUGCAGUCGGGUCCCAUCACAAGAUGAAUCAUCUGUACGAGGUUCCGAACCACCACCUUGUUACGCUUCUUCAGUAGGAAAGUUACUGUACUAAAUGACUUUGUAAUGCUUUGAUUUAUUAAAAUGAGUCCGAGACUCUGUUCUUCA